CAGGAACCCCUCGCCCCUCCAAUAUGCCGGUGCGGUAUUCUUCACAGAUGGAAAUUAUAUUUUCAGAGCACAACCACAACCACAAACAUUCAGACGAUGCCUGAACAGCCCACACCCUCAACAACCGCUGCGCCUGCAGACGGCCAAGCUCCAACGCACACAUAUAUUCCAAACCACGGCUACGAAACACCAACUUCGGGUCACGAUGCCCCCACGCAGACUGAUUCUUCAGCGGGUGGCCUCACAGAAUAUGCCGCAGACAACGAAGACGAGACUUACGAGGAUCUGUUUGAAGAUGACGAAGAGUAUUUUGACGACAUGGACUACGAUCCAGGUUCUGGCGAUCUGACCAAGUCGUACAACCGUCAACGCAAACUGAAUGACCAAAACUCGACUGCCCCGCGAAUAAACCCGCAAAAGCCAGCCGCAAACACCAAAUCGAGUGUCGAUGAUCAGAUUUCCAGUUUAGCGAAGCAUGCGGGAAAGAUUCGACUGGAUGGUGGCGACAGGCAAAAGACCCAUGGAAAAGACAAAUCUGAUCGUGCGACCAGCGAGCAGGUUCUGGAUCCUCGGACGAGAAUGAUUCUGUUGCAAAUGAUUAAUAGGAGUGUGGUCUCAGAGGUUAAUGGAUGUUUGAGUACGGGCAAGGAGGCAAAUGUGUAUGGGGCGUUGACUGUUCCCGCCUCCGUCGGAGACGAAGAAGCACACCCUGUGCAUCGGGCGAUCAAGGUCUAUAAGACAAGCAUCUUGGUAUUCAAAGAUCGUGAUCGUUAUGUUACUGGCGAACAUCGUUUCCGAGGUGGGUAUAACAAAGGCAAUAACCGUGCCAUGGUCAAAGUCUGGGCCGAAAAAGAGUUCAGAAACCUCAAGCGUCUGCAUACCGCAGGUAUUCCUUGCCCGGAACCCAUUUAUCUUCGACUCCACGUCCUCGUCAUGGGAUUCCUCGGGGAUAAGAAGGGCUGGGCCGCACCAAGACUACGUGACGCUGAAUUAGUCGGCGAAGACAUUGAUGAGCAAUGGCGAGUAUUGUACUUGCAGCUAAUUGGAUUGAUGCGGCGCAUGUAUCAAAUCUGCAAGCUUGUGCAUGCAGAUUUGAGUGAGUAUAAUGUUCUCUAUCACCAAAAGAAACUCUUCAUUAUCGAUGUAUCUCAAAGUGUUGAGCACGAUCAUCCACGGUCUCUUGAAUUUCUUCGAAUGGACAUCAAAAACGUUUCGGACUUUUUUCAGAGGAAAGGUGUCAAUGUGCUUCCCGAGCAGAUCGUUUUUGGGUUCAUCACAUGUUACGAUGAGCCAACUCAAGACCCCGAGCUUGGUGAAGCUUUGGAGAAGUUGUACACAGAAAGACCCCAAGUGGAGGAAGGCGAACAAGCAGCAGCCGAUCAAGAAGUUGAUAACCAAGUGUUUCGACAGCAAUACAUCCCACAGACCCUGGAACAAGUGUAUGAUGUCGAGAGAGAUGCUGAAAAGGUGGGAAGAGGACAGAAAGAUGACCUUGUUUACCGCAGUCUGUUGGCUGACAAGGUACCAAUGUCUUCUGGCAAUGAAGCUGACGGUGAGGAUACCAUGGGGGGAAGUUCAUCACAAGGUAGUGGAGACGAAGAUGGAAGUGAUACCGACGACGAGAGUCGAUUUGAAAAGGGCACACCAAGAGGCAAGAGAUUUGAAGAUAAAGAUGCAAAAAGGGUAACAUCUAUUAACUGUGUUUUCAUCCUGCACUGCUAACAACUCGUCUAGGAUCACAAAAAAGCAGUCAAGGAAGAGAAGCGCGAGAAGAGGAAAGACAAGAUACCAAAGCAUCUGAAGAAGAAACUGGUAAAUUCCUCGGCGAAGCACAAGCACUGA